AUGCUCCUUCACGAAGACCACGAUGCUUCAUCACCAUCCAGAAACUCCUCCCCUGAUGUCGUCCUUAUGGUGUCCAAUCUAGACAUCGGACGAGUGGAUAGAGGAACCAGUCCUUACCCAAGCAAUGCUGGACGAAUUGAUAGAGGAACCAGCCCUCACCGUCUAGAGCCCGCCGUCGUCACCCUUACUCCACACCUCAAUAACUUCUCAGAUGACGAUGCCGAGGACUACGCCAAGGGGCCCCACGAGAUGCAUCACGGAAUGAAAACCCUGAUGACAGAAACCUACCGGGCUCUGACGAAGUACCAGUGGGAGUUCCACCUCCUGCUACAAUCACGGCGAGCAUUGGAGCUGCAGGUCCCUCGGGACUACAAGCAAGAACAGCAGCUCAACUCCCAAGCCAUGGAGAAACUGGAUCGAUACCAGUUAUACAGGGAGCUACACCUCCGCCAGUACCAACUGGUGGACAGAUUCCCCGCUCCAUGGGAAGAACUACCCUUGGGCAACCCGGGAAUGAGCAUAGCGACAUACCUCGAUGACUGGCUAGUGCCAGUCUCCAGAUCAGAGGACUCGCCCUCCAAACAGACCCUGACACCGCCUCUUGGUAUGAACAUAACGACGGACGACCACGAGCUCUCCUCAUCCAUCCUGACAAAUUCUCCCAGUAUGUCAACAGAGAGCUCCUUCCAGCUCUCUUCUUCACCGGAGAACUGGGCGCCGUCCAACCUAGUAGAACCGACCCCUUUCGCAUUGUCGUCUGGAAUGUACCACGUCCCGGAGAACGUCCCACGGCUGUACCAAAUCCAAGAAGGACUCCGCACACGGUCGUGGAACGCCCUUCACCGAGGCCACGGGAAAAUCGUACAACACAUAGCAAUCCCACGACGUCCUCCUCUCACCGGGUACGAAAUUCUCCCUUAUCCUAUGGGGGUACCGACGAGGAGGAACCACCCGUCUAUCGAAGAAACGAGGGAAGAAGGAGUCGAGGGACCCAGGCAACCCUCCGCCGCAGAACAACUACUGGCGGGAGUGUUCGACACCGGCCUGGAACGCCUCCUCCUAGUGCUCGAUUUCGUACAGAUGAGGGACAGAAUAACCAAACUCGAUGCAUGGGAUGCUUUAGACGACCCCGGAAAUUAUGAUGACGCCGAUCCUUAUUAUCGGCCUGAUGAAGGAGGCGACAGGUACCAAGGACCCUACGACUACUAG